UCGCCGCCGUAGCACCCCAAUCUUCUAUCCACGCCGACAUCGACGACGAUGGGUAUUCCAUGUGACGACAUCGUUUUAAUCCAAUUUCCCAGAGACCCGUCGGAGCCAACCAUUGUCACCGUUAAUUGCCCCGAUAAGCCCGGUCUUGGAUGCGAUCUUUGCCGCACCCUUCUCGAAUUCGGGCUUUCAAUCACCCGAGCAGAUUUCUUGACGGAUGGGAGAUGGUGUUACAUAGUAUUCUGGUUGGUUCCCAGUGUUUCGAAUUCGUCUAGAAUUGAUUGGGAAAGCCUGAAAAAUAGGUUGUUGUCGAUGUGCCCUUCGUGUUUGCUUCCAUUUCUUCUCUUUAAUUAUCAGCAAGGAGGAGAUGGAAAUGGAGGCUCAACCCAUUCUUGUUCGGUUUAUUUGUUGGAACUUUGUUGCUUGGACCGCAAGGGAUUACUUCACGAUGUUACCAGGAUACUGUCGGACCUUGAGUUUUCAAUUCAAAGAGUGAAAGUUAUGACAACGCCAGAUGGAAGAGUUAUGGACUUGUUUUACAUCACAGAUGGAAUGGAACUUUUACAUACAAAAAAGAGACGAGAUGACACCAAGGAGCAUCUGAUUGCUGUUUUGGGGAAUUAUUGUAUCAGCUGCGAGCUUCAAUUGGCAGGGUCGGAAUAUGACAGCUUGAAGGCAUUGCCGUCUCUCCCUCCUGCAGUUGCAGAAGAGUUAUUUACCUAUGAAUUGUCUAGCAAAGACGCCAGCUCAAAGGAACUCAAAUCUGAUCUGAUGACACUGAAGAAGGCUACUAUUACUGUAGACAAUUUGUUGAGCCCUGCUCAUACAUUGCUUCAAAUACAAUGUGCGGACCAUAAAGGACUUUUUUACGACAUUCUAAGGACAUCAAAAGACUUUGAUUUUCAGAUCGCUUAUGGUAGAUUCUCUUCAAGUGUGAAAGGUUACCGUAAUUUGGACCUUUUUAUUCGGCAAGCAAAUGGAAAAAAGAUUGUUGAUCCCAAGCACCAAAAUGCUUUAUGUUCUCGUUUAAAGGAGGAGAUGCUUCACCCUUUUCGAGUGAUUAUUGUCAACCGAGGCCCUGAUACUGAACUCUUGGUUGCUAACCCUGUUGAGUCAUCUGGAAAGGGCAGGCCUCGAGUUUUUUACGAUGUUACGUUGGCGCUUAAAAUGCUAAGGAUAUGCAUUUUCUCGGCUGAAAUUGGAAGACAGUCGACUAGUGAUCGGCAGUGGGAAGUGUACAGAUUUCUUUUGGAUGACAGCCAUGAAUUUCCUUUAACGAGCAAUCGAGCUCGAGAUCAGCUUGUGGACAGAGUAAGAAGAAUAUUGAUGGGAUGGUGAGGCUGAUGGAAUACUUCGAUGACAGAUGGAUGGAUGGUUUUUCUCUGGCUGUAUGUUUCUCGACACUCCGAUCCUGUUGUAGCAUAUAUCACACAACUCCUUGUUGCAAACCAAUCGAUCCUGAAACAUGUUCGGAAGCAAAAGUUGUGUGAGAUUGCCGUCUGCUGUAGCCUCUCUUUCUUCUGGGGUUCUUGAAACUGUAACGUUACCCUCUUUUAAUGUAUAAAUAGCGGCCCAAAAGACUCUAAAAUAUAGGAUUCCAAAUCUGGUUUGGAAAAUAAGUAUUGCGCUGAGUUCUUGUAAGAGGAAGGUUGAAAAAUA